GACCACCUAACUCACUCUACGCCCAUGCUCCGGUCUCUGUCAUCUGCUGCUGCUGCGCCUGCACUUGCUGCUGCUGCCUCUGCCUCUGCCUCUGCCACUCGCAGCUCGCUCGCCCAUGCCUCGGGCAUUGCCGCCGUCACCAUUGUCGGCUCGGGCAUCAUGGGCGCUGGCAUUGCCCAGGUCUCGGCCCAUCAUGGCAAGGACGUCCGCCUGGUCGAUCUCUCGGAGGAGAACCUCGCCCGCGGCAAGGCGGCUAUCGAGGGCUCGCUCAAGCGAGUGCUGAAGAAGGAAGCGGAUGUGGAUGCUGCUGUAGCCGAUGUUAUGGCUCGCAUCACCUUUACCUCGUCGAUGGAGGAAGCGCUCAAGGGAUCGGAUCUGCUUGUGGAGGCGGUGUACGAGGAUCCCGAGACCAAGCGGCAGAUCUUUGGCGUGGCGCAGCAGUACGCCGACGACGAGUGCAUCUUUGCCACUAACACCUCGUCGCUCUCGGUCAACUCGAUUUGCAACGGCGUCCGUCCCGAGCGCUUCGGCGGUCUGCACUUUUUCAACCCGGUGCCUAUGCUCAAGCUGGUCGAGGUCAUCAAGACCGACGAGACCUCGGACGCCACUGCCGACGCCCUCCGUGAGUUUGCCGCCGAGGUCGGCAAGGAGCCGAUUGUGUGCAAGGACACGCCCGGCUUUGUCGUCAACCGCCUCCUUGUCCCGUACCUCCAGUCGGCCGUCGACAUGAUGGAGCGUGGCGACGCGUCCAAGGAAGACAUCGACAAGGCUAUGAAGCUCGGCGCUGGCAUGCCCAUGGGGCCAUUCGAGCUCCUCGAUGUCAUCGGCCUCGACACCGCCGCCCUCAUCAUCAACUCGUGGGUCCGCACCCACGGCGACACCUUUAACGCCACGCCUGCCAUUGACAAGCUUGUCUCGGACGGCAAGUUUGGCCGCAAGAACGGCGAGGGCUUCUACAAGUACUAGACAAGGUAAUAAAGCCAUCGUCUGGUCA